UUCUGCGUUCCACGCACGCACGCGCGCACGCACGACACGAACCCGAUUCUAUUCUAGCCCGUCCCAAAUCCGGGUUGGCGCUGCCGCAGCCCGCACCAAGGCUCGCGCGCCUCUCCAUUUCAUGCGCGCGCGCUGCUGCCCGCCUGCCCCUUCCGCGGGGAGAGCCGCCGCCUCCUCCUCCACCACCACCAGCCCGCGGCGGGCGCCAUGGACCUGCCCACCGUCUUCUUCCAUGGCGCGACGCUCGCGUUCCAGCGGGACGACCUCGGGAAGGAGAUCAUGGGGAUCGCCGUGCCGGGCGCGCUCGCGCUCAUGGCGGACCCGCUCGCCUCGCUCGUCGACACCGCAUUCAUUGGCCACAUAGGUCCAGUAGAGCUUGCAGCUGUAGGUGUAUCUAUUGUCGUGUUUAAUCAAGUAACAAGAAUUGCAGUAUUCCCCCUUGUGAGUGUCACAACAUCAUUUGUUGCAGAGGAAGAUGCUACUUCCAGUGACCGACACAAAGAUGAAAUAAGUGGUGAUAAUGAAAACAAUGUUAGCGAAAUGGAUGAACUGAUUUCUCAUGAAGAGACUUCCGGCAAAUCGUCUUUCGAAACUGGCUCAAGUGAGAUCAAUAUUGAGCAUACGCGGAAAAAAAUUCCAUCGGUUUCUACAGCAUUACUACUUGGUGGGGUGCUUGGUCUUUUUGAAACUCUACUGCUUGUUUCCUGUGCAAAACCUAUCUUAGACUUCAUGGGUGUGAAAGCGGACACUGGAAUGUUGAAGCCUGCAUUACAGUACUUAGUACUCAGAUCUUUAGGUGCUCCUGCUGUUCUUUUAUCUCUGGCAAUGCAAGGGGUAUUUCGUGGACUUAAAGAUACAAGGACGCCUCUAUAUGCAACUGUGGUUGGAGAUGCAAUCAAUAUAGUUUUGGAUCCAAUAUUUAUGUUUGUGUUUCAGUAUGGUGUCAGUGGUGCAGCAGUUGCUCAUGUUAUAUCACAAUAUUUCAUUGCUGCCAUACUCCUAUGUAGAUUACGCCUGCAAGUUGAACUAUUGCCACCCAACUUGAAACAUCUGCCGAUUGGUCGGUUCCUUAAAAACGGUUCUCUGUUACUUGCCAGAGUUAUUGCGGCAACAUGCUGUGUAACACUAUCUGCAUCAAUGGCUGCACGGCUAGGUUCAACUCAAAUGGCCGCAUUCCAGAUUUGCUUGCAGAUCUGGUUGGCAUCUUCCCUUCUUGCUGAUGGUUUGGCUUUUGCUGGACAGGCUAUACUUGCAAGUGCAUUUGCUCGUAAGGACCAUUCAAAGGCGAAGGCCACAGCUUCCCGCAUACUGCAGCUCGGAUUGAUCUUGGGGCUUCUCCUGAGCCUACUUCUUGGAGUUGGCCUCCAUACAGGUUCAAGAUUAUUUACUGAAGACAAGGGUGUACUGCAUCAUAUUUACGUGGCAACACCGUUUGUUGCUCUAACUCAACCGAUCAACGCUUUAGCCUUUGUUUUCGACGGCGUCAAUUACGGUGCAUCUGAUUUUGCGUAUGCUGCUUAUUCAUUGAUACUUGUGGCUAUUGUCAGCAUUGCUUGCAUUGUCACCCUCGCCAGUUACAGUGGUUUUGUUGGGAUCUGGAUAGCCUUGUCGAUCUACAUGUGCCUCCGCAUGUUUGCCGGAUUAUGGAGGAUUGGGACUGCACGAGGGCCAUGGGUUUUCCUUCGCAGCUGAACAUGUAACAUUUAAUCUGGUAGAAUAUUUACACUUGUAAACAACUUUGGAGUAACCCUGAAACAUGUAAGCCUCAAACUGUGCCACCAUGAUUUUUUUUUUAAACCGGGCAAACCCCUUUCCAUUA